UUCUCCUUGCACGAGAAGGGGACUUCUCUCUUUCUGUGUUUCAUACAACAGAAAGGGCUACACUUCUUCCUUUAAAAGAAGUCCUUAAAAUCAAAUAUGAAAAUAGUGGGGAUAUUUUUGAUUCGGUUGACAGCUAGAGAUAUACGGUAUGUGUGAUACCACUCCUAAAUGAGAGGAAAAAAGAGUUUUCUAAAAGUUUCUGCCCGAAGAAGCAUUUUCACUGGAGGUUUAGAGCACUACCCCCAUCCUGAUGGUUAGGAAAUGUUCCUUCUACCAAAAGUUCCGUUCAGAUCCUGAAAAUGCUCCUACCCUUGACUCGAAGACCGACUUUAAUUAUUAUAUAUAAAAAUGUCUAUAUUUUUAUCAGGCGUGUUCUCCUUUUCCCUCGUCUUCAAUUGCAGUUAUUGAAUUAAAAUCAAAUGGUCUUCAGAAGAAAUUCAUCUGCAAAAACGACUAUAUUCCACUAACAUUCCGGUAAAAACAGAUGGUUUUGCAUUUUCUCCUCCUGUGUAGUAAAACCGCGGGGAAAAAAAAGAAACCGUGUGCGCUGGGGGGUGUGUGUGUGUGUCUCAAAAUAUUAAUGAAUGAAACAAUAAAAUGCAGAUUUCCCUACCACCCGUGGAAUAUUUGCAUGGACAGUUCCUGUAUUUGGGAUUGCCUCGCUCCCUUUUUGGUGAGAUUUCCUCUUCUCUUGGGAAGGUUCGAGCAACAAAGGACACCAAGGGCGUUCUGUUGCUGAAAAGCCUUGCGAUUUGGGCAGUGAUUUGGGUAGCAAAUGUGUUCUCCAGCGACUACUCAGAAUAACCCCAGCAACAGAAGUGCAGUUUGGUGUUGCGGCACAUGGAGGGCGGAGGGCGGGGGAGGAACUGCAACGGGAUGGCACACUGUAUAUUGGGAGAGGCAGCAGGAAGGACUGCGUAUUUCAUUUUCCCAACCCUGACCUUUAGCAAUGCGGGCAGUCGAGUUUCUUGGAAACAUCAGGACUGCCGGGGGCGGCGAUUUUGUCGUGCCUCCCCCCCGCACCCCCACCCGCCGGACUUUGCCUGCUCAGUGCUGUUUUGAUUUCUCCGAGGAGGAACGCGCUGAGAUGUUUCCCCAGUUGUGGCGCUGACGUUUGGAGCCAUGUGAUGGGCCCCCUUUCGCUAUAAGGAGAGAAGAAAGGCCGCCCUCUUUUGGACUCAGCCCCAGCCUUUUCAAGAUCUUUCCCAAGACUCUUCCCCCUCACCACCCCCCAAUACUAAUCGCUCUCCCUCCUUCCCUGGAUCCAUUAAUGUCCGAGGGCUUUUGCGAGGAGGAGAAAGAGAGGAACCAACUCCGGGGCGCAGCCGAGGGGGAGAGAUUUCCCGCUGCCUGCUCGCCGGAGGCUGCUGCUGGUUGUUGUGUGUGUUGCUUGGUCGCACCGGGGCGGCGGAUCCUGGCUCUGGCUGGGCGGAUUAGCCGCCGGGAGCAAAGCAAGAGGACUCCAGCGUGCCCGGCAGCCGCGGCUCCCCGGCCCAGCCGCCCCGGAUGAGCCGCUCCGCCAAGCCAUGACUCUGAGCUCGGAGAUGUCCGAUGCCUCGGGACUGGCUGAGGAGACCGACAUCGAUGUGGUGGGCGAGGGCGAGGAGGAGGACGAGGAGCUCCGGCGCGGCGGGCGCCCCUAUGCGCAGGAGGAGGAAGAGGAGGAGGAGGAAGACGAGGAGGUGGGGGAGCUCCCCGAUGACAUCUCGCUGCCCCGGUCCCCGGCGUGCGUCGGCGCAGGCAGCUCCCCCACCUGCUCCCAGCGCCCCUUCAAGGCGGCGGCGGGCGGCGGCGGGGCCGGCAAGAACAGCCUGGUGAAGCCGCCCUACUCCUACAUCGCGCUCAUCACCAUGGCCAUCCUGCAGAGCCCCAAGAAGCGCCUGACGCUCAGCGAGAUCUGCGAGUUCAUCAGCGGCCGCUUCCCCUACUACCGGGAGAAGUUCCCCGCCUGGCAGAACAGCAUCCGCCACAACCUCUCGCUCAACGACUGCUUCGUCAAGAUCCCCCGCGAGCCCGGCAACCCGGGCAAGGGCAACUACUGGACCCUGGACCCCGAGUCCGCCGACAUGUUCGACAACGGCAGCUUCCUGCGCCGGAGGAAGCGCUUCAAGCGGCAGCCGCUGCCGGCGCCCGAGCUGCUGCUGCGCGGAGUGGAUCCCGGCACCUUCCUGCAGCAGCCGCCGCCGCCCCAGCAGCCGGCGCCCUACGGCUACGGACCCUACAGCUGUGGAUAUGGCAUUCAGCUCCAGCCUUACCACCCCCACUCCGCCGCCCUCUUUGCCUUUCACCACCACUCCCCGCCGGCCCGGCAGCCCCCCGCGAGCGCCGCCGGCAGCGUCCUGCCUCCUGCGGCUGCUCCUGCAGCGCCACCAGCCUCCUUACUGCCGGCGGCGGAGCUGGCCAGGACCUUCCGCUACCCGCCCCAGCUUAGCCCGUCGCUGACUUCUUCUCUGCACGCUGCCAAAUCCAGCAGCUCGGCUCUGGCCCGCUCCCCCUUCUCCAUUGAGAGCAUCAUCGGGGGUGCUGGCAGCAGCUGUGUGUCGCAGUCGGCGGUGGUUCCAGUCUUAGCCCGGUCUCUGGUUUCUUCUUCCUCCGUUUCUUCCGCCGCCGCGGCCUUAGGGGCACUGCACCAAGGGACAGCCUUGUCCAAUGUCGAAAACUUUACUGCUAGGAUUUCAAAUUGUUAACGAUUUAAAGUCUUUCAGAAGGUAGGAUUCGGGGUAUAUCCUUUUUUCACCUUCACGAAUUGAAACAGACAUUCUAUACAGCCGAUUUGUGUCCUGCCACUUUGUUGUUCGAUACCUAUAUUUAUGCAAAGCCAAUUCUAUAUGCUGCAUAGGCAGAAACUUUUGUUGUUGGAAAGUUAUAUCGUAUUCCUUUAAAAAAAAUCUCUAAACCAUUGAAGUUCAGAGAUUCUCAGGUCCAGGAAUUCAAAAACAAUAAUGUACAAGAGAAAUGAAAGGUCGUGAGGGUGGACAAUAAAGCAAUACUUUUUCAUUUUA